AAUCCACAUGGUACAGGGGCUGGAGAAUAAAGACUGUGGAGUUGAACUCGUGCCAUUGUAGUGACUCAUCUCGGGCAGAGCACAGGGGCUCCGAGCGAGCGAACCGGCGAGCCAGCGAGCGGCGCUCGGCGGGGACCGCGGGGGAGAGAGAGACGCGGCGGGCGCAGCGGGCCGGGCCGGGAGCGGGCGCCCGGGAAGGGGUGCGGGUCCAGCCGCCCGAGUCGCGGCGGUGCCGGGAGCGGGGCGCUUGCCUCUCAGCUGGGAUCCCACCGGCUACGACGCGACGGGGCGCAGGCUGGGCUGCCUUCUCCGAACCCAGUGUCCGAGCCGCUGCGAUACUCCGGCGGCGGCGGCGCGUUGGCCACAGGAAGUUUAUUUUCAGUGUCUUUUCUAAAAAAGGAGGAAACAGAAGUUUCUCCUCGGAGCGGGCAGCCUUCCUUGUCGCCUGAUUUUUGCCCUGCCCGACAUCGGGGGUCCGCAGACCGGGCUCCCAUUCUUUUCUAAUUGCCCAUUUUUGAUAGAACCGGCGGCGCGGCGGUCCGGGCUCCGGCUGCGCGCGGGGGCGGGAGGGCGCGCGCAGGGGAGGGACCGAGGGAGGGAGGGACCGGUCCCGGCGCCGGUCGAGCAGGAAAGAAGUGCCGCGCUCGGCGCUCAGGGGCCACUGUUCCCGGGUUCGUGCCGCCGCCGCGGGAGAGCACCGGGAGCGGAGACUUCAGCCCGGGCGCAGCCCGCAGGGAGCGAGCGAGCGCGCAGCAGCCGGAGCGCCGCCGCCGCCGCUGCGGCCAGGGCGGGGAAAGAAAAACACGCUGUUUCCUCUGGGGCCCCCACCGCGGAUCAUGUACCAGGAUUAUCCCGGGAACUUUGACACCUCGUCCCGGGGCAGCAGUGGCUCUCCUGCGCACGCCGAGUCCUACCCCAGCGGCGGCGGCAGCCAGCAGCUUCCCUUCCGGGGAGACUGCUGGCAGUUAGCGAUGGGCCGUCCUCCUCUGUGGCGUCUCAGUGGACCAAUGCCUGUAAACCACUGUUCUCUGGUUUUCCCCUGGAAAUUCCGGGUAGAUAUGCCUGGCUCCGGCAGCGCCUUCAUCCCCACCAUCAACGCCAUCACGACCAGCCAGGACCUGCAGUGGAUGGUGCAGCCCACGGUGAUCACCUCCAUGUCCAACCCGUACCCCCGCUCGCACCCCUACAGCCCCCUGCCGGGCCUGGCCUCUGUCCCCGGGCACAUGGCCCUCCCGAGGCCCGGCGUCAUCAAGACCAUCGGCACCACCGUGGGCCGCAGGAGGAGAGAUGAGCAGCUGUCUCCUGAAGAAGAGGAAAAGCGUCGAAUCCGGAGGGAAAGGAACAAGCUGGCCGCUGCCAAGUGCCGGAACCGCCGGCGGGAGCUGACGGAGAAGCUGCAGGCGGAGACGGAGGAGCUGGAGGAGGAGAAGUCGGGCCUGCAGAAGGAGAUCGCCGAGCUGCAGAAGGAGAAGGAGAAGCUGGAGUUCAUGCUGGUGGCCCACGGGCCCGUGUGCAAGAUCAGCCCCGAGGAGCGCCGGUCGCCCCCGGCCUCCGGGCUGCAGACCCUGCGCGGGGGCGGCGGGGGCGCCGUGGUGGUGAAGCAGGAGCCCCUGGAAGAGGACAGCCCCUCGUCCGCGGCAGCGGGGCUGGACAAGGGCCAGCGCUCCGUCAUCAAGCCCAUCAGCAUCGCCGGGGGCUUCUACGGGGAGGAGCCCCUGCACACCCCCAUCGUGGUGACCUCCACGCCCGCCAUCACUCCGGGCACCUCGAACCUCGUCUUCACCUACCCCAGCGUGCUGGAGCAGGAGUCGCCCGCCUCGCCCUCCGAGUCCUGCUCCAAGGCGCACCGCAGGAGCAGCAGCAGUGGGGACCAGUCCUCGGACUCCUUGAACUCCCCCACCCUGCUGGCCCUGUAACCGGCGGCCCCAGGGGUCCUCGCCGCCUCCGCCUCUGCCUCCUCCCCGGGGAUCAGCUCCUUCCAGCGCCCGGGGCUGCGAGGGCACACGGGGCCUGGCCAGCGAGCUUCCUGGCUCGGGGACCGAGGAGGCACGGGCAUGAGGCGCCGGAGGACCAGCCUGGGUGGCCCCCGAGAAGUCCCGAAACCUCCUCCCUCGUCCACCUGGCAACGCAAAUCCUGUUUCUUGAAGCGCCUCGGAGAACUGAGCGGGCUCGGGCAUCUCUCUGAAGCUGGUGUGGACCAUUCCUGUCUCCGGAGUGACGGUGCCCUCCCAUGCCCGUGGCCUUCCGGUGUCACCUUCCCUCGGUGUGCCACUUCUGCCCCCCACCCCCUCCCGCCAGUGUCAACUCCACUUCCUCUCGGUUCUCAUCAGACUGGCCAUGACAUUUCAUCUGGGUGGUCUAACUAUUAAAACUUCAUUUCUGGA